CACCCCAUGUCGCCCAUGUACUGCUGCGCGCCCACACACGGCGCUCAUCGAUUUCUCUGAUUAACGCGGACCCGACCGAUAUCUCGGUCAAAUAAACCGUGACCUGUUCUACGAAAUAAUAAUUCCCCCCCCCAAAAAAAUUCUCUCCGGUUGACGUCAGCGUGUGCUUCUGGUGCCUUCUACGUCAGCGGCCGCGCGCUGCUGCUGUAAUGCGGAGUCACCUCGACUCGAGUGUAAACAACCCGACCAGCCUCAUCCCCGACACCGAAUCCGAGGCCAACCCGCCGCGGGGACCACAAUCCGGAUCAAGAUCGUGAUAUAUAGUUCACGUUGUGACCGUCCACGCCGUCUGAUCGGUGAACGGUAGUUUGCUGCUGUUGUUAUUGUUGUUGUUGUGGAUCUCUUGUGUGCUGUCAUCUCUGUAGCUAGCCUCCGUAGCUAGCCUCUGUAGCUAGCCCCUUUUGACCAGCCGUAGCUGGCUAGCUCCUAGCCUCCGCGGCUAGCUGCACUGUCGGGCCAUCUGGGGUGCUGAGAUACCCCGCAUGAUCCCUGGAAUCUCUGCCUUCGCCUCGACCAGGAUCUCCUGAACACUGGGUGGGUGGACGGUGCUAACCCCUCCAGCCAUGGAGGCGGGGGAGAAGGAGGAUGAGGAGACCUUGCAGACGGCCUUCAAGAAGCUCCGCGUUGACGCAGAGACAAGUCUGCCCGGCACAGUGAAUGUAUGCGAGGCCUUGGACCCGCGGGCCAUACCGCGGGUCGGUCCCGAGACCAGCGGGGCCAAGCCCAAGCUGGGCUGCCCCAAGGACGCCUGGCACGGCUGCAUGAGGAAGACUUCCCGGGGCGUGUCGCGGUCCCAGCGGCGUCGGCGCUCCAAGUCGCCCAUCCUCCAACCGCCAAAGUUCACCUACUGCAGCUCCUCCUCCCCCUCCCCCCCCGCCUCUCUCUCGCCCCCCGGUGGCUGUCUGAAGCACCAGCGCCUGGCCGGCCCCGAGCCCCGCCCGCCCCCAGGCUCCGCCUCCACGUCCCCGGCUCCGCCUCCGACGGCCCAGACCCAGCCGCCCUCAGCCGCCCCCCCCGCCCAGACCCCCCCGGUGUUCGGAGCCCGCGCCGGGGGUCCGGGCUCCCUGGCCCCCCCCGUCUGCUCCCUGUCCCCCGAGGCCCCGGGGCCCCCGGCCCAGCGGGAGGGGGCGGAGCCCUCUGACUUCCACGCCUUGUCCCAGCUGCUCUCCGGCGGCCCCCCGGGGGCCACGGGCCCCGGCUCGCCCCCCCCCUGCUCCCCCUGCUCCUCCUGCUCGGGGGGGGAGGCCCUCGAGGGCGGGGCCGCGGCGGACCCCCGGCCCGGGUGUGGGUGCGCCCCCCUCCCGGCCCCGCCCCCCGCGGGUUGGCCCGGCGUGGAGGUGUACUCCUUCACCGGGCUCCGCGGGGCCAUCUCCGAGUGCGAGAGGGGCCUGGCGCCCCCCAGGACUCCUUCCUCCUCCUCCUCCUCCCCCCCCCCGCUGACGGCGGGCCCGCCGCGCUCCUGCUCGGAGCAGGCGGCGCGCGCCUACGUGGACGACAUCAACAUCGAGGACCUCUCCGGCUACAUGGAGUACUUCCUCUGCAUCCCCAAGAAGAUGUCCCACAUGGCCGAGAUGAUGUACACCUGAACACACACCUGAACACACACACCUGAACACACACCUGAACACACACCGGAACACACACACCUGAACACUGACCGGAACAUACACACACACAUACACCUGAACACACACACCUGAACACACACCUGUCCUGAACACACACCUGAACACACACCGGAACACACACACCUGAACACUGACCGGAACAUACACACACACAUACACCUGAACACACACUGGAACAUACACACACACAUACACCUGAACAUACACACCGGAACACACACACACACACCUGAAAAAACACACACACACACACACAUCUGGACUCACGCACACAACAGUGCCCAUCGCCACGCACCAACGUCUGAUUAAAAAAGAGAUUUACUACAAGAUUUAAAAGAUGACAUUACGAGAGAAAAGUGGGAGAGCCGGGGAGGGGGGGGGGGGGUCGGGGAACACCGCGGGCCGCUGAGCUGUUUGAGGCUUCUAGAAUAUUCAGUUUGAAUGUGGAUAUUGUAAUUAAUUCUUCCGAUUCCUUCUCACGCCUGACUUCCUGGCGCUCUCUCUUCCCGGUCGAGCGCCCCCUAGUGGACGGGUCUGUCUCGCUCCCUGUAGUUGAGGCCUGCGUGUUUUUGUUUCUGGUUUAAUGGUCAAGUUGCCAAAGAGUUGUGGCAGGCGGCUGCCGGUGCUACGCUGGUCCCAGGCGCCCGGCCUCUCUGGUCCGGGUCGCUGCUAACCUCAACUCUAAAUAAAGAAGAACGUUUUUUGAA